AUGAAAGCACAAUUAUUGGUUGUCUUCCCCAGGUUGAAGAUUGAGCUACCGCUGGCUGCUACAACACACAAUAAUUAUUCGAAGGAGCGCAUUCAGCAGGGGAACCUGGUAGCGAAGUUAUUGACGAACCCCCUCGCGAUCAUUGCUUCUCCGACUUCAUUCAAAGAGCACAUGACCAGUCGCGUCGCUCUACCGGCGCGCGAGAAUGGUCAGAAGAAGGCAACAGAGGAUGACGACGAGCAGCGCCUUGUAGGGUUGAACGGUUCAUUGACCGUUCUUGCAACCAUCUUUCCACGAAUCCACCCCGAGGUUUUCCGCGAGAUGCUACAGACUUUCGAUGGAGAGAGCGGUUUGCAUGUUGUAGCUGAACAGCUCCUGAAGCAUCAAGAUGAAUGGGUGAAAGGUCGAUGGCGGAAAGCUGUUAAGGAAACGGCAAAAUCAAAGGGCGAUCAGCUGCCAGUGACCGCCGAGGAACGUUUCAGACGAGCGAGCUACAAGUGGGCCGUACGGACUACAUUAUAUGAAGAGUUCAAGGCUCUUAGUAGGUGUAAAAUCGAAGGAGUGUUGGCGGAAGAGAACUUCUGCUACACUCGUGCCAGACUUACCCUUCAAGAUGUCGCAUCCAAAAGCUGGCGAAACAGCUUCAACGUAUUUUUGUCUAAGUGGCUGAAGUCAUCCAAGUCUACAAACGAAGGUCACCACAUGAUGAUUUGGCUAAAGGACCAAGAGGGUGGUGGAUCGAGGUCCGUACCGGUCCUGAAAGAGACAGGAGACGCGGAGCUAGACGCGGAGCUUAAUCAAAGCGUUCUACUCCCAUUCUUGCAAAAGGCAAAGAGGGAGCGGGAAGACAAAGACUGGGAGAUUGCAAUGACUCUGAAUGAGGCAGAGGCCAUGGAUGCCGACGCUAUGUAUGAGUGUCAAUGUUGCUUCUCGGACACAACUUUUGAGCAAUUGGCGACUUGUACUACGGGUGCGCAUGUCAUCUGUUUCCGGUGCAUCAAGAACGCUAUCAGUGAAGCGCUCUUUGGCCAAAGCUGGGGACGCAACAUUGAUAAUACGCGUGGUCAGCUUAACUGUCUAGCCCUAAUGUCAGACGAGAGCUGCGAUGGUUGCAUCUCGCACAGCGCUACUCGUCGAGCAAUCCUACAGUCAAAAGGUGGUAAGGAGGCUUUGAGUAUGCUCGAAACACGCCUGGCUAAAGAAAGCCUCUCGAAAGCUCGUCUCGCUCUUGUCCACUGUCCUUUCUGCGCUUACGCGGAGGUCGAUGAACUCUAUUUCCCUCCAUCCACUGUUCGAUACAGGCUCAACACCGUCCAUCUCGAAGCAACUGUAUUCCUCAUUCUUCUGAUGCUCGUCUUCCUUCCUUUACUACCCCUUUACACACUUGUAUCUCGUCUUUUGCUGUUUCGGGAGCUGCCGACUAUCACAAGCAUGUUCUCAACAUCGCUGGGUCGCCUUUCUCGGUCUCGUCACCUCUCUGCGCGCUUUCAAUGUCGAUCUCCUCUCUGCGCGCUUCCCUCCUGUCUGACCUGCUUCAAGACAUGGCACGAUCCGCAUGUCUGUCACGAGUCGGCGGCGCUCUCGCUCCGCACAACGAUCGAGGCGGCUCGUACUGCGGCUCUGAAAAGGACAUGCCCACACUGCGGGCUUGGCUUCAUUAAAGACAGCGGCUGCAAUAAGUUGACGUGCGUUUGUGGCUAUGCAAUGUGCUACAUAUGCCGCCAAGGAUUGGGACAUGGGCACCGCGAUGAGGGGUACAGACAUUUCUGCCAGCAUUUCAGACCCGCAGGAGGUGUUUGCAGAGAAUGUGAUAAGUGCGAUCUCUACAUAAACGAGGACGACGACAAAUUGGUAAAAAGGGCAGGUGCGUUUGCCGAGAAAGAGUGGAGGGAAAAGGAGGGCAUGACGGGAGUCGUAGGUAUCGGAGGUGGUCAGGAGGAUGCACGGAGAGCGAUAUGGCUAGACACAGAUUGGACAAUGCAAAAGCUCAUAGACUGGUGGGUCAAAAAGGUGAUUGACUGCUGA